GACCACGGUUCUCAGGAUUCAGGUGCUCGGAUGUGACUGAGCGAGGGAGCCCAAUGGACAUAUCCGGAAAGUGUAGGGCCUUUCUAGGGAUUAGGGGAAUUUGUAGUGCUAAAGGGUGCUAAGGUGACGGAGUCAUGGGAUGGAGGUGCGGGUACCGGUAUGAUUGUACCCAAAUCGCGGCAUAAUCGGGCAGGAAGGGCGGUAUAUGCGUUUCAUGGCUGAAUAAAUUAGACUACCGGUAGGCAGGCACUGGGCUUGUCAGCAAUUCGCAGCAAGAAAACGCAAUAGAGAGACUUGCAGUCGUUUAUGAUACAAUUACCACCCGAAAUAAAGAGUGAUGAAAAACGUAUAGAUGUAAAAAGGAUGAUAAUUUAUAAUAUCUUAUGCCCUGGUUCUGGUUCACCUGUUUGUGAGUGAAUCUCGUAUAAUAGUAAGCGGUUGUCGUCGCUGCUGCCCAAUCAAGUGAGGUCCCGCCAACCCGGACGAGACCAGAUGGGGACAGCUAGACUAUCCUGAAUUGAACUCACCUCACCACAACCUAACGUUCAUCCAUCGGAGGAACAAACAACGAACCAACCCAACCUACCUACCUACCUACUCUACCUACUCUACCUACUGUACCCGUCCUUCACCACCACCACCAAACAACACCACAAUCCCCAGCCCACAUAAAUGGCACCAAACCUCUCCCUAUUCUCGGUACUCCCUCCCAUCCCUGCCACCCCCCCACCGCUAACCUCCCGCCUAGGUAAACGCGAUCUUAAUCCUCUCCCCAGAUGGCACCCGAGUCCUAGCAAAAUAUUACCACCCGCCCCAUAGCUCAACCACUGCCAAUAACCCGACGAGCAACCCCUACCCAACAGCGAAGGAGCAAAAGACCUUCGAGAAGGGCCUCGUGGAGAAGACGGCGAAAUCCAACUCGGACAUAAUCCUCUACGAUAACCGCAUCGUGGUGUUCAAGGCGGAGUCGGAUGUGAUGCUAUACGUCGUUGGCGGCGUGGAGGAGAAUGAGAUGUUGCUGUGGCACACGCUGCUGGCGUUGAGGGAUAGUUUGAAUAUCCUACUCAAGUGAGUCCCGAUGUCCUCCUCCCGCUCUGCUGCAAGCCGGGGGUUGGGGAUAGGGUUUGAAUCGGAUGGCUGAUGAGGGGAUGGAUAGGAAUGCCACGGAUAAGCGCACGCUACUCGAGAAUUACGACAUCGUCUCGCUGGCUAUCGAUGAGAUUGUAGAUGAUGGGAUCAUCCUCGAGACGGAUCCUGCGACGAUUGCUGGCCGCGUAUCGAAACCGCCGAUGCAGGAGGUUGGAGGGGUUAAGGGAUUGGAUCUGAGCGAGCAGGGACUGUUGAACGCUUGGGAGUUUGGGAAGAAGCAGUUGGCGGAGAGGCUGAGGCAGGGUCUUUGAGGUGGAUGUCAUCGCCUGGGAGGAUUAUAGAAGAGGGAGGAGGCAAGUUCCUGUGGGUUUGUUUUUUCUGAAAUACAGAAAAAUAAGUUAUGACAAUAUAAAUAUUCUGGUUUAGAUGCUACUUUUACUAUUAUUAUUAUUAUUAUU